CAAGCCCCGAUCACUCUAUGGGAUCCCUGACCGGUUCGAUGGAAAAUUGGCUCCAGGAUUACCCUGCUCUGAAUACUGUCCCUUCCGCCGCCGACCAUCUGAAGAUGAUAGAGCACCUCCACCAAAUAAGGGCGGGGCGGGUGGUUGAGGAACUCGACAUCACUCAGCUGCAGCCAUCGGAUCUCCCCCGGUGCUUCCCCUUGUCGAGCAAGUACGUGCUAGGGACGAGGGCGAAGGAAUGGAAGGCACAGCACGGGUUGUGGAAGGAAAAAGCAUGCUCCUUCUCCGCCGUGCUGGGCGGGUCUCACAGUAUGAGCGUGGGGGCGAAGAGGACCAUGGAGUUCUACCAAAAUGGUACCGCUACGGAUUGGGUCAUGGAUCAAUACUUCGGGCUGGUAGACAUGUUGGCUGGCUUUUUGGUGGAGGGCUUUUUGAUGGAGGACAAGAUGACGCUUUGCCAUGUAUACCAGCAGAAACGCAAAGGGCCGCUCAAUUACACAGUUUAUUCUCCUCCCAGGCAAGAUCUCUUGGGUAAUUUCGUGCCUGAAGACUAUGGUGAGGAUGGAUUGUUAGCCGCUAUUUCGCCAUUCUUCCGUCAGAACUUGAACAGCCAGAAUCACCAAGCGGCAAACAAUCAGGAGGCUGUGCUACCGACGGCAAAGCGCAAAUCAGGUGUUUGGAAUGAUUUCACCAAGAUAUACGUGAAAGAUCCUGCUGGCAAUCUCAAACAAGAGUACGCGAUGUGCAACUCCUGCCACAUCUUGCUAAAAGCUCCUUCAAGUAACGGCACAAACACCCUAUGGAAACACACCGGAACCUGCGGAUGCAAACGCCAAACCCAGUAGCAACCACCACUGGACUGUGUGUUGUUCAAUGCUAGACUAGGCUAGAGUAGAUGUGCAGGGAGGGGAACUCUCCCUGUUUUAAAUAUGAAAACAGGACGAGGUUUUCCCCCAGAAAACACAGGACGUACGCAUCUCGACGCGUCCGAGUCCUGCAGUAGACGCGGACGCAUCUAGAUACGGAAUAUUUGAUUUGGGGGUUUUUACUCGUUCGAAAAAAUUUGUACUCGUAUUUUCUUUUUAUGAAUUUGUUUGCUGAAUGAAA